CUUUCAGAUAAGGUUGCCAUACCAUGUCUUGUCACUCUCAUGUGCUAUGUGAUCUUGUCAAGUUCAUCCAUCCCUGUCAUCCAUGGAAAUGCUAUAGCCACUUGAUACCUUGAUUGAAAACAGCAAUGAAGAAAUCAACGAGACCUUACAAGCUCAUUCACCAAAUCUUGAGUCUCACUGGCAUCAGCUUUCAGAGGCAGAGUAUAAUUGGAUUUGUGGAAGUGACUCUUCUAUCCCUGAAGUCCUUCAAGCACAUUUGUCUGAAUUCAAAACAAAGUCGCAUAUAUCGGGUGUGCAUCAAUGACAAAUAUGAAGCUUCUUUCCAGUACUUUGACCCUUUUCUGGAAGUGUGCCAUUCCAGUGAAAGCAGCCAGAGAUCAAUACUCCACUUCAAAGAGAAUCAUGCCAAGGCAGCUGAGUCAGUGGAAGCAGAUGAACUCCUCGGGGAGCUCAUUAUCAAAGUGCCAAUUGAAGCUCAGGAGGCAGUUGCUCAGGGGCAGACGUUUCGUGUCAGUGUGGAAUUCUCCUUAGAACAGCCUCACGGUGGUAUUCAUUUUGUCCUUCCUGACUGUGAAGGUUCUCUUGCUGAGGUGAGUCUGAGAAAAUCCUCAUCACGACAUCUAUGGGCAGUCCUGCAUCAUCAAGUUACUCUACCUAUGUUUCAGAGAGCCUGCCACAUGUUCACAUAUGGCUACCUGAAUUCUUCUCGUCUGUGGUUUCCUUGCUUGGAUACGUAUUCUGAGCCAUGCACAUGGAAGUUGGAAUUCACUGUAGAUGAAUCCAUGACUGCUGUCUCCUGUGGCGAUCUUGUUGAAACCGUUUACACACCCGACAUGAGACGAAAGACAUUCCAUUAUGUUGUCAACAUCCCAACUUCUGCUCCUAGUAUUGGCCUUGCUGUUGGGCCUUUUGAGAUGUAUGUUGACCCCAACAUGCAUGAAGUGACACACUUCUGCCUACCCCAUCUACUUCCUCUGCUCAAGCACACAGCAAGAUAUCUACAUGAGGCAUUCGAGUUUUAUGAGGAAAUCUUAGGUGCCCGGUACCCAUACCCUUGCUACAAGCAAGUGUUUGUUGAUGAAACAUGUGAGGAUUCCACUCCAUAUGCAUCAAUGAGCAUAAUGAGCACAAACUUCCUCCAUAGCUCAGCUAUAAUAGAUCAGACAUAUUUAACGAGAAAAGCCAUGGCCUUGGCUGUUGCCCGCCAGUUCUUCACAUGUUUUAUAUCCAUGCACAAUUGGUCUGAUGCUUGGCUCAGCUUUGGGGUUUCUCUAUACCUCAAUGGUCUUUUCAUGAAGAAGACUUUUGGAAACAAUGAAUACCGGGAUUGGAUCCAUCAGGAAUUGAUGCAAGUUAUUGACUAUGAAGAGAAAUAUGGUGGAAUCAUGUUGGACCCAACAGAUGCACAGUCUUCCACCCCAAAGCCACCACAGCACUUCUCUCCAAGCUUUCCCCAUACAAGUUCACCCCUAUAUUUAUCCAUGUACAUGAAGAAGGCCCAUCUUCUGUUUCGGAUGCUCGAGGAACGCCUUGGCCAAACCCUUCUCCUUCAGGUGCUGAAUAAGCAGCUCUCCUUGGCUACAAAGGCAGCUGAGGAGAAGGGUCACAUAUCUCAGUUGGGACAGCAUAUGUUGUUGAGCACAGCUGUCUUCAAAGCUGCCAUCUACACAGUAACUGGUAAAGACAUCACCACCUUCAUCCAGCAUUGGGUAUGCCAGGGUGGUCAUGCAUGCUUCCAUGGCAGCUUCAUCUUCAAUCGCAAGAGGAAUACAGUUGAGCUGGAAAUCAGACAAGACAUUACUCACGGGACAGGAAUAUCUCGUUACAUGGGGCCUCUGAUGGUCUGGGUCCAGGAGUUGGAUGGGACCUUCAAGCACAUGUUGCAGAUUGAGGGGAAUUAUGCCAAGGCUGACAUCACUUGCCACUCCAAAUCUAGAAGAAACAAGAAAAAGAAGAUCCCUGUAUGCACAGGGGAGGAGAUAGAUAUGGACCUCAGUGCCAUGGAUGCUGACUCACCAGUACUAUGGAUACGCAUAGAUCCAGACAUGACUAUUUUUCGUCGUGUGGACAUGGAGCAGCCAGACUUCCACUGGCAGUAUCAACUACGUUAUGAAAGAGAUGUUACAGCCCAGAUGGAGGCCAUCGAAAUGCUGCAACACUACCCUACCACAGCAACCCGCCUUGCCCUGACUGACAUAAUUGAAAAUGAACAAUGCUUCUUCAAGAUCCGCUGUGAGGCAGCCAAAUGCUUGACAAAAGUUGCCAAUCACAUGGUGCAAAAUUGGGCUGGACCUCCUGCAAUGAUGACCAUUUUUAAGAAAAUGUUUGGGUCCAACAUCUGUCCAAACAUCGUCCGCCAGAAUGAUUUCACCAGCUUGCAGCAUUACUUUCUUCAGAAGGCCCUCCCAUUUGCCAUGUCUGGGUUGAGGACUUCAGUUGGACUCUGUCCAUCAGAGGUGAUAAAGUUCCUGUUUGAUCUGUUCAAGUACAAUGACAACUCAAAAAACAAGUUUUCAGAUUGCUAUUACAUAGCUGCCCUCAUUGAUGCUCUUGGGGAAACAGUCACUCCUGCUAUCAGUUCCUUGGCAGGGGGCCAGAGUGAUACAAUAACAGUGGAGAACUUGUCCAAUGAUGCCAAAGCGAUUUUGGAAGAGGUGAUAGUGCAGCUGAAUCUGGAAAAGUUGAUUCCUUGCUAUAAGUAUGGUGUCACUGUCAGCUGCUUAAAAGUGAUUCGCAAGUUGCAGAAAUUUGGCCAUUUGCCUCCUAAUAGUGCCUUUUUCCGGAGCUAUGCUGAAUAUGGGCAUUUUGUAGAUGUGAGGAUAACAGCAUUGGAGGCUUUGGUGGAUUGUAUCCAGGGAGGAGAGAAAGAUGAUGACUUCAUGUACCUCAUUGACAUGAUGCUUGAUGACAAAGUUCCUUGUACGGCACAAAAUAGCUAUGAUGUUGAUGGAUUCCCCACCCUUCACCCCAAUCAUGAAUUCACGAAGCCCACUGAAUACGGCUGCUCUCAUGGAACGUCUCUGGGAUGCAAUGAAGUGAGUGGCCCCAUGACUCCUGGGAAAAGUACCGGAUUGUCUAACGAUGCGAGGCUUCGGUGUGAUGUUGUGGACCUGUAUCAUGCUCUGUAUGGGACAGAUACACCACGUGUUGCUACACUUUCACGCAGUGAGGAGCUCUUUCCACAGCUCCUGAGAGAGACUACCUUUCAUCGUCAAGAUGGGGAGGAACGGCCUUUGCAUCAAGUAGAAAAGGUAGAGAAGAUGGAAGAAGAGGAAUCUCCUGGCAUUAUUAUACCAGUUGAGAGGGAGAGGGUCAUGAAUCAAUCUGUUUUGGGACUUGGUCCUGAACCCAUGGAUUCAGGACUUGGUGUUGAUAUAGACAGGAAGCCUUUUCCAUUUGGUGAAAUUCCUCAUGAGCCAGAAGUACCUGAAGCAGUUCUGGGUCGUGAGGAGCCCCUGAAAGUAAAAAUCCCAGAGUCAGGGGAUAGUUCUUCAAAUGCUGGGCCUUCUCCAUCCUUAAAGCCAGAAUUCUUUUCGGAGUCAUCUCAGUCACUGCCAGGGAUCAUCGGAGAGGUGACAGGACCAACAGGCUUCACCCCUGGCAUGUUCUCUGGACAUGCUUCAGUAGUGCCAGAGGAACCUGCACAGCCCAGCACUUCCAGUAAACCUCAUAAGGCAAAGAAGAAGAAGGAGAAAAAGAAGAAACACAAGCACAAACAUAGACACAAGCAUGAAAAGCAAGAUAAGGAACGCAUGGAUUAUGAGAAAAUCAUCCAAAUGGUGAAGAUGAAGGAGGAAUCGUCUCUUCGCUCCCUCAGCUCAAGCCCUGAGCCGAUGUCCUGAUGCAGACAAACAGCAAACAUCGUAUGUCACUUUCUGUUCUUCAUGUCUGUCUUGAAGGAGAGUACAGGGGACAUCAACAUAGGGAUAUGUGUGUAACAAAACAAGAGCAAAACUAGAGAAAGCACAGACUAAAAUAUUCAUGUUUUUUUACUGUCACUGUUACCCAUUAAUAAUGUAAAAUAUUAAUGUCAUCCUUUUGACCUUAAUAAUUCAGACAUCAUUGUGCCCUCAAGAUAACUAUUAACUAGACUCUCUUCUGACUGCUGUAGGCAUAAUUUCACCUUGUUUGCAGCCUCAGAUAUGGAGGUCAUUUUGCUGUCUUCGGAUGAGAUGUGCACCCUCCUAAUCAAAGGGAAGGGAGGGAGAAGAGGGUAACGGCAAGUGGACCCCUGACAGGAUGUGCUCUGGUCGUUGGACAGCCCAAGGUUUUGGAGGCCAAUCGACAAUGAUUGCAUGUUUUGUGUCUGUGAUGAUAUGAUGCUUGUAAAGCUAUGGUUCUGGAAUCAAGCAUCUUUAAGAUCCUCCUCAAAUUGUGGAUUAUGAAUUAUGGAAAUGCUGUUCAUGCAUGAACUGAUGAAUAAAUGUCAUAAAGUGUUAUUGGAAAGAAAA